ACCAGAACCGGGGCCGGGCCGGGCCGUGCCCGGGCAGAGGAGCCCGCGCUGCUCCCGGUGCCGCCGCCGGUUCGCGGCCCCUCCCGGCCCCUCCUGGCCGCUCCACAAAGCGGCCCCGGCACCGUUAGCGGAACAAAAACACAACAUAAUCCCAGCUUAAAUCACCGGCGAGCUCCCUGCAGCCAAAGCUCUGCCAAACCUUUAUCCACCGCCUUUUCCUUCGUGGGUUUUUUUCUUAGUGUUUUUGUUUGUUUUGGUUUUUUUUUUAACUCAGAUUUAACCUUUUGAGCCCGGGCUUGUCGGCACUUCUGCUCAGAAACAUUUCGCACGCUGCUGGGAAUGCGAUUCCCCGGGGCGGGGAGGGCCAGGUUUGCUGCUGAAGUGUCCGACAGAGCUCAGAAAUUUCCUGGUUUUUGGAGGAGUGUGACCAGGCAGAAGUGAAAACUCAAUUUUUCUGCAGGCAGAGCUUCAAAGAGAAAGGGAGCACGUUCUGCAUGUUCUGCCUGGAAAAUGUUUAACUGAAACACUGCAGCGCUUGUGAAAUGAAUGGUGGCGUUUAAAAGCUGUCAAAACAACAACAACAAAAAAAAGCUUCAAUCGAAUUUGUAAAUUGUCUUAAUUUGGAAUGGAGCCAUGGAACCAUGGAUCUUUAAGGAUCUUUCCAAGCCAUUCUCUGAUUGAUAUCCCCGCAUCAACCCAAGCUUUAUUUCCUUGCAAAUGGAGAAAAUCCUCACCAAGCCCUGGAUACACAAAGGGAGAGGGCGGAAAAAAAUACAAAAAACCCCCCACAUUUCCUGGAGCCGGCUGCAGAUCCCCGGGGAGGGAAAUCACGUCCUCAGCAGCACUGGGGCAGCUCCUGUGGCUCCGGGAGGAGGAGGAGGGACAGGAGCUGCCGGAGGAUUUGGGGACCCUGUCGUUGUCGGUGUCCCCGGGUCCCCUCCGCGCCCAGCCUGGCACAAACAACGCUGCCUCUGGCCAUGUCAUGCCUUAAAAUAGCUGCUCCUACAUCAGCCUCUCUCCAGCGGCGGCGGCAGCAGCGAGACAUGGCCGACAGCAGCUGAUCCCGCUCCGAUCCGCCCCGGCUCCCGGCGCUCGCCAAGGACCGUGGGUGGCAGCAGCAGCAGCAGUGACCCCCAGGCCCCCGCCCGGGCUCCGCGCCCCCACAGGCAUGCCUGGUGGCUCUGGGCAGCUCCCAUGGCGUUCCUGUCCAGGCUCUACAGGAGCAGCGGCCGCUCCCCGAGCCGGGCGCCGCGGGACGAGCGCGGGACCCACCCGAUCCUCAGCGUCUGCGAGCUGGAGCGGCUGCUCUACACGGGCAAAACCGCCUGCAACCACGCCGACGAGGUGUGGCCAGGCCUCUACCUGGGAGACCAAGACAUCGCCUCGAACCGGCGGGAGCUGCUGCAGCUGCGCAUCACCCACGUGCUGAACGCCUCCCACUGCCGCUGGCGCGGCGGCGCCGAGUACUACGAGGGCACGGGCAUCCGCUACCUGGGCAUCGAGGCGCACGACUCGCCCUCCUUCGACAUGAGCCCCUACUUCUACCCGGCUGCCGACUUCAUCCACCAGGCGCUGAAUGAAGGGAGGAUCCUGGUGCACUGCGCUGUCGGGGUCAGCAGGUCGGCCACCCUGGUCCUCGCCUACCUCAUGAUCCGCCACCACAUGCCCCUGGUGGAAGCCAUAAAGACGGUCAAGGACCACCGAGGGAUCAUCCCCAACCGCGGCUUCCUGCGCCAGCUGGUGGCCCUGGACAACGCCCUGCGCCUCAAGAGGAGCUCCUGAGGGCACCUGGAGCCCAGCCCAGCCUGGCUGUGCCCCCAGCCCCUGGCCAUGGCUCCCAUCCCGGCCCCACGUCACCAUCUCUGCAUCCCUGCGGCCUCCAGGGAGCCCUCACGGCUUUGUUGUCCCCCCCUGUGGCGUUUGUGUCCCUCCCUGGCUGUGUGUCCCCUGUCGUGUGUCCCUGCUGGCGUCAGCUCCGGUGUGGGGGCUCAGCCCAGCUCCCCUCGUGCUGUGCGGGUGUGUCCUGGUGUCACCCUGUGAAUAAAGGCACUGCUGAGGAA